AUGGUCGGAACAACUCUUCUCUCCUUCUUUACAGUCCUUGUUUCUCUCUCAUGUCUCUACAGUCCUACAAGUUCCUCCUCUACAGACUCCUUUGUGUUUGGAGGCUGCACACAGCAAAAGUAUGCACCCGACUCGCCCUACGAGUCGAAUCUCAACUCACUCCUCACCUCCCUGGUCAACUCGGCCACCUACUCCUCCUACAACAACUACACCAUCAUGGGCUCAAGCCCUCAAGACGUCAUCUACGGACUCUACCAAUGCCGUGGUGACCUGGCCAUGCCCGACUGCGCCACGUGUGUUGCUCGUGCAGUGAGCCAAGUAGGGCACCUCUGCUCCUACACCUCCGGUGGCGCUCUUCAGCUAGAAGGAUGCUACAUCAAGUAUGAUAACACUAGUUUUUUGGGCGUGGAGGACAAGACUGUGGUGUUGAAGAAAUGUGGGCCGUCGAUUGGGUAUGAUGCCGAUGGAAUGGGCCGUAGAGAUUCAGUGUUGGCGGCCUUGGUUGGGUCCAGUGGGCCAUAUAGGGUUGGUGGGUCCGGGGAAGUGCAGGGUUUGGCGCAAUGCGUUGGUGAUUUAAGCUUAUCGGAGUGUCAGGAUUGUGUAUCGGAGGCAAUCGGACGGGUUAAAAGCGAGUGUGGUGGAGCUGUUUAUGGUGAUAUGUUCUUGGCCAAGUGUUAUGCUAGGUACUCAACUGGUGGAUCUAAUUUUUACUCCAAGGGCCAUCAUGAUAAAUCUAUCAAUGAUAGUGAGAAGACAUUUGCUGUUAUUAUUGGACUAUUGGCUGGAGUUGCUCUGCUCAUCGUUUUUCUUACCUUCGUCAGAAAGGUGUUCGGGGGAAAUGGUAAAUAA